UUCCAGCAAUGUAUGAGCUACACUUUGGUGUUCCAAUGGUAGGUGGUGUUCUUUGUACACUAAAUGUCCGUCAUGAUUCGGCAAUGUUGUCAGUAUUAUUGAGACAUUCAGAGGCCAAAAUCAUUUUCGUAGACUAUGAAUUUCUUCACAUUGCUCAAGGAGCAAUUGAUAUUCUUUCCAAGACGAGGACCAAGCUACCCCUUCUAAUCUUAAUUCCAGAGUCCGAUCAAUCAUCCUCUAACAUCAGCAGCACUAUUUCCACGUCGAACUAUCUGGAAUAUGAGGGUCUUUUACUAACAGGAAGACUUGAUUUUGAGGUCAGGUGGCCAAAUGAUGAAUGUGAUCCAAUCUCGCUAAAUUACACUUCAGGUACCACAUCAAGCCCAAAAGGUGUUAUUUAUAGCCAUAGAGGUGCCUAUCUCAAUUCACUUGCAGUGGCACUUUUCAAUGAGAUGAGCUCAAUGCCUGUAUAUUUAUGGUGUGUUCCUAUGUUUCACUGUAAUGGGUGGUGUCUCACAUGGGCUGUGGCUGCUCAGGGUGGCACAAAUGUCUGCCAAAGGAAUGUGACUGCAAGAGGAAUUUUUGAGAAUAUUUCUCAGCACAAAGUGACCCACUUGGGUGGUGCACCCACAGUUCUGAACAUGAUAAUUAAUGCGGCAGCUAGUGAGCGGAGGACACUUCCAGGGAAGGUGGCAGUCAUGACAGGUGCUGCACCUCCACCUCCACAUGUGCUAUUCAAGAUGGAGGAACUAGGAUUUAUUGUUACCCACUCAUAUGGUCUGACAGAAACUUAUGGUCCUGCAACAGUUUGCACUUGGAAACCUGAAUGGAAUUCUCUUCCUCGAGAUACUCAGGCAAAGCUUAAGGCUCGUCAAGGGGUUCACCAUCUCGGCCUUGAGGAAAUUGACAUUAAAGAUCCUGUUACCAUGAAGAGUGUACCCCCUGAUGCAAAAACCAUGGGUGAAGUUAUGUUUAGAGGCAACAUUGUGAUGAAUGGAUACUUUAAAAAUUUGAAAGCAACACAGGAUGCAUUUAAUGGUGGAUGGUUUCGGAGUGGGGACUUGGGAGUGAAACACUCUGAUGGCUACAUAGAACUAAAGGAUCGUUCAAAGGACAUUAUCAUUUCUGGGGGAGAAAAUAUUAGCACAAUUGAGGUGGAAGCUGCACUUUUUAGUCAUCCAGCAGUUCUCGAGGCAGUUGUUGUGGGAAAACCUGAUGAUUACUGGGGGGAGACACCUUGUGCAUUUGUGAAGUUGAAGAAUGGGUGUAAUGCCACUGCAGAGGAGAUUAUUAAGUUUUGUCGCGAUCGAUUACCCCAUUACAUGGCUCCUCGAACUGUUGUUUUUUUGGAUGAUCUGCCAAAGACUUCAACUGGGAAGACACAGAAAUUUGUUUUAAGGGAAAAGGCUAAGACCAUGGGAAGCCUUCCAAAGAAGAGCAUCAGUAGAUUGUAA